GCAGGCGGAAGUUAGUUGCCUGAAGAUUCGUGUUGUGUGUGUGUGUGAGGGGCAUCACGGCAUGCCCGCGAUUGUGUCUUAGUCGUUAAAUUGUUAAGAAUUUUAUUUGUAUUUAAGUCUUAUCAAGAUGUUGGUGUUGUUCGAAACUCCGGCGGGAUACGCUAUUUUUAAGCUCCUCGACGAGAAGAAACUUAGCCAGACAGAGAAUCUUUACAAUGACUUCCAAACACCAGAGGCAGCCAGCAAAGUUGUCAAACUCAAGCAUUUUGAGAAAUUUCAAGAUACAACAGAGGCCCUGGCAGCCACCACAGCUGCUGUGGAAGGCAAAGUAUCAAAAAUGUUGAAAAAAAUGCUUAAGAAGCAAGUUGCUGCUGAGGGUGUUCAUAAUGAGCUGCUUGUUGCUGAUGCUAAACUUGGCAAUGCUAUCAAGGAUAAGCUUUCCCUUUCAUGUGUAUCGAACACAGCUGUUCAAGAGUUGAUGCGAUGUAUCAGAUCUCAAUUAGAUGGUCUACUGGCUGGCUUACCCAAGAAAGAAAUGACAGCAAUGGCCCUUGGUCUUGCUCACAGCUUGUCCCGGUACAAACUUAAAUUCUCACCUGACAAAAUUGAUACCAUGAUUGUUCAGGCAGUUUGUUUGCUUGAUGAUUUGGACAAGGAACUCAAUAACUACAUUAUGCGCUGCCGAGAGUGGUAUGGCUGGCAUUUCCCUGAGCUUGGAAAGAUUGUCACUGACAACAUUGCAUUUGUUAAAACUGUUAAACUCAUUGGAACAAGGGAGAACACCUCUAGCACAGAUUUAUCUGACAUCUUACCUGAAGAUGUAGAAGCUAGAGUUAAGGAAGCUGCUGAAAUUUCUAUGGGUACUGAAAUCUCAGAUGAUGACAUAGAAAAUAUCCUUCACCUUUGUGAUCAGGUGAUUGAGAUUUCAUCUUACCGUACUCAGCUGUAUGACUACUUGAGAACAAGAAUGAUGGCAGUUGCCCCCAAUCUUACUGUUCUUCUUGGAGAGCUUGUUGGUGCUCGUCUCAUUUCCCAUUCAGGAUCUCUCGUCAACUUGGCCAAAGCCCCUGCGUCCACCUUGCAAAUUUUAGGUGCUGAGAAAGCUUUAUUCAGGGCUCUUAAAACUAAAAAGGAUACACCUAAGUAUGGUUUAAUUUACCAUUCAACACUAGUUGGGUCUGCCAGCACUGCCAACAAGGGCAAACUUUCCAGAAUGCUUGCUGCAAAGGCAUCACUCUGCACUAGGCUUGAUGCUUUAGGAGAAGAUAGCACUCUAGAGCUAGGAGCUGAACACAAGGUCAAGUUAGAAUCACGCCUCAGGUUACUUGAAGAAGGCAACUUGCGUCGGUUAUCAGGCACUGGCAAAGCUAAAUCUAAGUUUGAGAAAUACCAGGGCAAGAGUGAAUUUAAACAGUAUCCUGCUGCUGCUGACUCCACUCUACCCACCAAAAGAUCACAUUCAGAAUCAGAAGAUAAGAAGCCCUUAGUUGAGGAAAUUGAAGUUCCCAAGAAGAAAAUUAAACUGGAACCUGGAGCGGGACCUUCAUCUUUAGUUACAGAAGUUAAAUCUGAGCCAGAGGAUGAUGAUGAAUCAUCCAAGAAGAAAAAGAAAAAGAAGAAGAAGUCAAAGGAACAGUCUGAAGAAGAGCAGGAAGCAGUUGAAGUUCCUGAUGUUUCAGAUUCAGGAAAGAAGAAGAAAAAGAAGAAGAAGAGUGUUUCAGAGGAUGUGGAAGAUGUUCCCAUGGAGGAAGAGGUUCCAGAACCUUCCAGUGAGAAGAAAAAGAAGAAGAAAAAGAAGUCAGUAUCAGAAUGAUUUUGAUUUGAUUGUGCAUAAUAUGUUACCUAUCAAGGAGGAGCUCUACUUAGGUACUCCAAUUUCUCUUUUAGUUCUAUGCCAUAAUUUCUUGAGUAUUGUUCUGUUGUAAAAAAUAUUUUGAGGAAAUUUUAUUUUCUGUAAUUUUGGAAGUACUUUAGAUAAGUAUAUUUUAUGGCAUGACUUUUGUUACUUAUGCAUACAUGUGUUGUAUGUAGGAUUAUAUGAUCGCUCCUAAGAGCAACUGUUACGAUUUAUUUUGUUUUACUGAUAAAAUGUUGGGGUUGAGUCAUCUGAUGGUCUGAUCAUUUAGAGGGCAUGACUGAAUCAUUUGUCUUGACCUUUGAAAAUAGACUCUUUUGCUUUUUCUUGA